AUGGCAUAUACUAACUUAUUCCUUCAGGAGCUUUCCACACAUAUCGACUGGAUCUUGUUUGUCGCGUGCUUCGGGUUCGUCCUGUGCUUUGGUUCUAUCACCUACGUGAUUGUGCACUGCAUCGUGCAGGUAGUUCAAGCAGCUGCAACUUUCUACCUAUUUGACAUCCUUUACUGCUUCAUCUACGAGGAAGAAAGCACACAGUUCUUCGCCGAGCUCUUCACCCAUAUUCUCUCCGCGCGCCUCGAGCUGAAAAGUUUUAUCCUACUCUUGUGCUUACUCUUUACUAUCCAUCAUUCUAUUAGGGAGAUCGCCUCUGUCCUCUGUGAAAAGUUUCUCGCACCAAACACAACCAUCAUUUUAGAUUGUCCCAAGCAUCCCAUGCAGAGUCCCCGUCUCUCUCCGUCUGCCGACGAUAUGACCCCCGUUAAUUCCCUUAAGUGGAUCAAGCCUACUGAGUCUACUAACCCUAACCCUCCCAAGGAUGCCCAACCAGUAGCCAAGGAACUAUCCUUCGCAUCGCAUCCGAACCGCUACAUGCGCCAUCCCUGGGGCGUGAUCGACUACUACAUCUACCUCACACACGUCGAAAGCGGCCGCGACAAGCUCCGUCGCGAGAAAGAGUGUCACCUAAUAGAAACCACCGGCUUGGCACAGGUUACCCUACACGACGAGCCAGUCCUCAACAACAUCCCCGCCUACAAAAACCCAACAGUUGUCUUCGUCAGCCUCCCCGUCCCCGACAUGCAGAACGAAUUUAGCAACGCCCGGUUGGUGCUCGGAUUCGACCUGCAGUCCGACCGAUUGCAGGGGUACUUCUUCGAGCCUGAAUCCCCGGUCGAGAACUAUGAGGACCUCUGGAAGGUCUGGAACCAGGGUGAGGGCCAGCUCGUUAUUGACGUCCCCGUCGACCGUUUCCUGGCAAUUAUUCGCCAUACUAUGCAGCAUCAGAUUGAGAUCCUGGAGAUUGGCAUCCUGCACCACUACGGUCUGACUACCCGUGAAUUCCAGGCUGGCCUGGACAUGGUUGUUACGGUGCAGUUCUUGCAGUUUGUGGAUGACUUUGCUGAGCUCUUGUCUGAGGAGCCUGAUGAGCUUCGUGAGACUUAUACGCCUUUCCAGGAUGAGCUCCGGGAAUUGCUUGCGACUGGAUCCCGAGACGCUUGGUUUGCUGUUCGCGAUGGACUGAGUAUUGAUCAGUAUCGCCAGAAGCAGUUGAAGAAGGUCGUUGCUUCUGGUUUGUUCCAGGGGCAGAAUAUGCUCGUGUUGCGAGAUGGGUCUGAGGAGAUUACUGGAAAGGAUAAGUCUCGUCCCGUUAAGAUUGUGCCAGGUCAUCGUCGGUGGUCAUGGUCCAAGCUGCGAGUCCGGGUUUUGGUGAGUGCGAUGUUGAUUCUUUGCUUCUGUUCUCUUUUCGAUCGCGAGCGGGUUAUCUGCAUGGGAAUGUUUUGA